AUGACUCAGGACAGUGACGGAACACUACCAUUACGAAAACGAAGGGAGGAGGGAUACUGCGGCAUCGGGAGGAGCCCCUUCUGUAUCUGUCCGUUCUUCUAUGUCACACCAAACUCACCACGAGCAGAGUUACGACCUGCCCACGAUGGAAUCGACGUAUGUAACGAAGAGCGAAUCGCACAGGCAUGGGAUGAAUGGCAGGCUAUCGGUGAAGGAGCAAGGACACCGAUAGCGCCGUUCCGCACUCCAAGUCACGACGCUGUCAUCGAGCAAUUCAAAAGCCUUCAUAAGCGUGAAUCUGUGGCAUCUUCUGUACAACAAGAGGAAGACCAUUCGCACUUGGGUGACGAUCAUUCUGCUAGAGAAUCUCCUGUAAAGGUCACUCACUACGAAUUCGAUUCGAGUGCCAUUCGUUCGAGAAAUUCCGACGAGAUUGAAAUUCUUGAGUACCAAGAACUCGGUUUUGAACCUCUUCUGAGAAUGAUCGCAUCGGAAACAGCCCACGUUGAAUCGCAACAGCUUCAGGAUGAGCACCACCAUGGCGACGAGGACUACCAUCAAGAAUCGCAUCAGCAUUAUGAAGAACAUCAUCAACAGGAAUCACACAAUCAUCAUCACGAUAGCGACGAUGAUCAAUUCACUUUUGAAAAUGUGGAAUACGUUCAUGAAAAGGAAGAUGCUCCUCAUGUCGAUCAUGGUUCUGAUGAAGCUCACGAGGAACGGAUCAUUACCACUACAACUACAACCACCGAUAAACUCUACGAUCCUUAUGCGAUUACUGUAGAGGAGCAUCACGAGCACGAUGAUGUAAGCGAGGAUCUGAUGAGAAAACACGUGGUAGAGCCGAUGAUGCGUGAGAUCAUGCGAGCAACAGCGCUCACGGAUAACUCCGCCCACUUCUAUGAAACAUCACACAGAACCACUUCUACUACGAAAUAUAGCCAUCAUAUGAAAAAAGAAGUGCACGUAACAAACAACAAGAACGACGAGUCAUUUUAUUCACACUCGGUGUACGACAAGGAACAUCAUCAUCAUCGUGAAUCUCCUCUUCUGGUCGAUACACACCAUAGCGAUGAACAAGUUGAAAUUCGUACUAGUAUGCAUUCAUCCGGCCAUUCGACUCUGGUUCGCAGCGCUCAGCGACCAAAUGUGGAUGUUCCGCUGAACGCUGGAGCAGUGAAAGAACUUCUAUCGAAGCUCGAGGCAGGACAGUUCAACGAUGAGGUUCACGAGAAGCCACGCAAAGAGAUUAACAUCUUCGAAAGUCUCGAUGAAAAUGGCAACACCCCACCCGGCGUACUUCCACCUGUGCCACAACCGCAGAGUCAUUACCACGAGUUUAAUGAGCUAAGUUAUCGCCAACCACGCGAUCUAGCCAAGGCCACUGCGACUCUACAUCAUUACGAGGCUAAGGACCAUGGUGAGGUACACCGUCACGAUCCCAAUACGUGCUCCGAUUGUCGUGCUGGGCGAAAUGACCAACAUGCUUAUAAGAGGAUCGAAGCUCGCGUGGAACGUACUCAUGGCCAUAACCAACAAGAUGAACAUGAUCGUCAUGAUCAGCAUCGUUAUGAACAACGUGAGGGUGCUGGUCGUUACGAGAAGAAAUAUGAUCACUAUGAUGAACGUCAGCAACGCACCAGACAUGGUAAUGACCACGGUCAUUACGAUCAGAAGAUUCAUCACUAUUCCACUAGUCAACACGAGCAAGGAGAGUAUGCCUACGCGCCAUCGGAGUACAGCGAGCAGUCGGUUGAAGAGAAUCAAUUGAGCGUCUCCCAACUAAGAAACGUUUUCGGUGGUGCAGCAGCCAAACACAACGAUGAACAUAAGACUCAUAAGAGAACUACUUCAAUUCAUCGCAUUGAUGAGGUGAUCCGCACAGCCGGUGCAGGGAGAAAUGUUGUGGAUUCCAGUUCUCAUGUCUCAAAGAAUUCUUAUAAACCUCAGACUAACACUGUCAUGGCAACUUCGGCUGUGCAGUCCCAUGUGUCUUCACCAGUUCACCACUACAAGCAACAGCUAUCUGUCCAGAAUCACUCCAUUUCAGCAACUUCACCCAAAUCUCCACCACCAGCACCUGUAAGUGUGGCUCGUGUUCCUCGCUCAAGCAACCCGGAUCAAUUCAAUUCGAUCAGAGUUGUGAGGAACGUUCGCGAAUUUGUCAACGUUUACGGACGAAAAGAUUUUGACACCACAAAGCACAAUGUAAUCACGUCCCCUAUAUCUCCAAGGAGUCCUAUUCUCCCAGUCGCCCAGGAGCGCAAGGUGGUCUCUACCGUGCAGGCCUCGGCAAAGCCGAAUGCCGCUCAGGCUCAGCAUCAUGUUCAGCAGAAACAGACCGUCGUCAAGACAAGCGUUCAGCAUUCCGCUCCAAAGACAGACACUGUGGUACAACAGCGCACCACAACAACCCAUGUGUCAACUGGUCAUAAGCAGGAAGUGCAGGCCCCGGUCCCCGCUAAACGUGACAUGGCCUUUGCCGCAACCCACAAAUCAGCAGUACCACUUCCAUACUAUCAUCCUGAGGCUAUCAUGCCUUGCUGCUGUUGCAACCAUCUAGCACAUGUUCACCAUGUUCAGCAACAUAAUCAUAGUGGCGCAUUGGUUCACGGUAACCAUUAUCCGUUCGUCCCGUUGGUACUAUACAACGACGUCGACAUCUACCAUACAGAUCAUCACAACAAGGAACAUGAGAUGCAUCAACAUCAUACAGGACAUAUUGUAAGCGCGGAACACCAGCUACAUCAACAUGAAGAUCCUAGAACCAGUGUUCUGACUUUAAAACCCCAGGCCGAUCCAAUGCAUUCGUACGUACCUCAGACCACAGUUGAACAGGCCGAUCCAAUGCACUCGUACGUACCUCAGACCCAAGUUGAACAGACCAGCGUUCUGAGUUCAAAAUCCCACGUCGACCCAAUGCAUUCUUACGUUCCUCAGAACACAGUUGAACAGACAAGUGUUCUGAGUUUAAAACCCCACGCCGACCCAAUGCAUUCGUACGUGCCUCAGAUCAACACCGUAUCUGCUUCAGCUACUCAGUCUCAUCAGGACCUAUACGAACACCAUUACAUGCCAGAGCUACCUGUUCAGAAUCUUUACAUAUCAGCAACAUCACCUGUUUUGUCCUCACCGAUCAGUCCUGAGGCUUUGGCUCGUAUGUCUCUCAAAACUGACUCAGUCGAUCUCAAUGAGUCCGGCGUUGUCAAAAACGUUCGCGAUUAUGUCAAUGCCUACGGACAAAAGGAGUCCGACUCAACACAUCAGCAGGUCAUAAAGAACAAUGUUGUAAACGUGCAAGAACAUAAGGUGGCUACUGCCGUACAGAAUUUUACAAAGGCUAAUGCUCUUAGAGCUCAAGAACAGUUUCAGAAAAAGCAGACCAUCGUCAAGACAAGUGUUCAGCAGCACUCAGAGGUGAUAUAA